GACCACAAGCAGUGCAGCUAAAAUAUUAACUAAAUACAAUGGAAGCGGACUUUGACAAAGCAAAUAAAAAUUAUCGAUAAAUCAGAUUUGUUGGUGCGGGGACGGCUACAUAUGUGGCGAUUCCAGCUGGCAAUUGGUUGUUGAAAAUAUUGCAAAAUUGGACAAACCCUUUGCGACUUUGUACGACAUAGAGAGGUCGUACCCACGAACAGUAUUCGGAAGGAAAGCACCAUCAGCGAAGAUGGUACUACUUCCAGUACCACGCAACCUCAAAGAAAUAACUCAGAUAUUUCUGGUGAGGAACAAACUGUGCAAGAAGCUAAAAUCCAAAAACCGGGACAGUGUGCUUCUAAUAAAACUGCCUCCCCAAGGAAAAUCAUCAGUCCGACUUCUAGAUUAAGAGGCACAUCACAGAGAAGCAAAUAUCGUCGUAAGCUGGAAUCAGCUCCUGUACACAUAAGCAGCACCAACAUUAACGCCAACAUCAACAGCAACGCCAACAUCAACACUCAGUUUCAGUUACAUCAAACAGCACCAGCAUUGGAACCAAAAACAGCUUCUCCCUCAUCACACAGUAAGAAUAACGUUUGGAGUCGUUUACUGCGUCAGUUCUCAACUAGCACUCUAACUGGAAGAUCGGUUAAUAGCAAUAAUAGUUCGAAGGGACAAACCAACGUUGACGAGGCAACGCAUAUUAACUGCAAUAAAGAAGAGGAUUCCGUGACAGUUAACGUUGUGGGAGUUGGCCUGGAGGCAACGGAUACUGCCGUUGCGGAACAUAAUGAGGAAACAAUGGAUGGUGAAUCCCAGCCAUCAGAUGCAGCCAAUAGCCCAAGUAGUCAAAAGACUUCUGUAGUGUCCGCGCAUAACAGCAAAGACAAAGACAUGCCAGCCAAGGCUGUUGUGUCCCCGUCCCCAGCUGCUGAUGCCAAACCGAAAAAGAUGGAAGGCCGUAAGUCAUCAUCUGACACGGGUAUAGAGCCGGUGCUGAAACAUCAGCUUACGGGCAGUGGGACGCAAUCUAUGACUGGCCCCAUAGCCUUCAAGGCGCCACACGGGAAGGGGAAUAAAGCGGCUAAGGGGGCAGACAGCUAUGUGCAGACAAUACGUUUUGUGCGUAAAAAUGUGGAGCAAUCCAACAGAAAUGCGAAUCCGUUACAGUUUGAGGAACUGGAAACGGAAUUUCCUCGUGAUUACGAUGACAACAUUGAGAUGUUGUCACGGGAGGCGGAGCAUUUGGAGGAGCAAUUCCGUACGCCUACCCGUUCUAACACUACAGAUGCGAGUAAUCAUCAAGUAGCUGGCAUUAUUGAAAACAUUAUUACUGAAGCGUCGCGCAGCGUGAAAACCGAAAAGACUCAAGUUGAAGUGCCAUCUAAACCUGCCAAUAAACAGACAGCUGGUGGGAAGCGCGUAGGCUUCCAUGUUGAGGAGAAACGCGAUGGUGACUUGUUGCAUGAUGAAGCAAAGGUUCUUGAGGACUUGUCCAAGCAGUCGGAACGAGAAGGCAUUUCUGGAGAUGCUACCGUUUCUGGUACCGAAACAUCGGUGUCCCUUCAGCCAUCAUCCGCACAUACUGCAUCGGCUACCUCAUCAGUCACGUCUCUGACAAAAGAGCGCAAGAGCGAUGAGGACGACGAUCCAGUUGCGAUGUCGCCAUGUGGACGUUUCUUCAAAUACGAUAAAGAAGUCGGUCGUGGUUCCUUUAAAACUGUCUAUCGCGGCCUGGACACUCUAACCGGAGUGCCGGUUGCUUGGUGCGAAUUAUUGGAUAAACAAGUGAAGAAGAGUGAACGCACCAGAUUCCGGGAAGAAGCAGAUAUGUUACAGAAAUUGCAGCAUCCAAACAUUGUGCGAUUUUAUACAUAUUGGGAGUUUCCAAUUGGACGGAAGAAAAACAUAGUACUAGUCACCGAGCUAAUGUUAUCUGGUACUUUAAAGUCGUAUUUAAAACGAUUCAAAAAAAUACACCCAAAGGUAUUGAAGUCAUGGUGUCGUCAGAUCCUAAAAGGUCUCAACUUCCUGCAUACUCGUCAAUUUCCUAUAAUUCAUCGUGAUUUGAAAUGUGAUAAUAUUUUUAUAACUGGCACCACUGGUAGUGUUAAAAUCGGUGACUUAGGACUGGCAACUUUAAAGAAUCGGUCCCAUGCUAAAUCUGUGAUUGGAACACCUGAAUUUAUGGCACCCGAGAUGUACGAGGAGCACUAUGAUGAAUCGGUUGAUGUCUAUGCCUUUGGCAUGUGCAUGUUGGAAAUGGCCAUAUCCGAAUAUCCGUACAGCGAGUGCAAAGGCCCCGCCCAGAUAUACAAGAAGGUGAUAUCCGGUAUAAAACCAGCGGCACUCUCAAAAGUCGAAGAUCCCAAUGUACGUGAUAUCAUAGAGCGUUGCAUUGAGCUGAAAAAAGAGGAUCGGCCCAGGUGCAACGAGCUGUUGGAGUCUGAGUUCUUUGAUGAGGACAUUGGUAUUCGUGUGGAACCCACCGCCUCGGAGCAGUUCCUAUCAGAUCCUAGCAUCAGCAUAAUUGAGUUUCGUCUGCGAUUCAUGGAUCCAAAGAAGCGUUCAUCUCGUCACAAAGAAAACGAAGCCAUUCAGUUCGAAUAUAACGUUCAGCACGAUGAGUACGAGCAAAUCGCCCAGGACAUGAUGAAAGAGAACAUCAUAUCCGAGGAUGAUUCUCGUGCAGUCGCUCGCCUUCUUAAAGUGCAAGUUGUUUCGCUGCUUAAAGAACGUGCUCAGCGCCAAACACAAAUCAAGCUACAGAACGAAAAGUCACGACUGGAAAAGCUGGCAUUGCAAAAGCUGCGUGAAAGCUUGCCAAUCAACGUUGAGGAGGAGGACGACGAAGAUGAUGAGUCUGAAGACGAAGAGGAUGGCGUUAAAUGGAAUCAACGACUCAAGCUCGAAAUGCUAAAUACUGACUCAGAGACUAGCUUAGUAACCUCCACAAAUAGUACCGAUCCACAGAAUCUACUCACAAGAUCUACCACAUCUAUUCAAAAUGGCGGAAAUCAAUUGCAACAGCAACAGCAGCAGCAGUUGCCACAGUCAGUGCCAGGGCAACAGAAGGUGAUCGCAUCUCCUGCCAUAGCGCAGGUACAACAACACUCAACUACAGUUCAUUACAUACAGAACCCUCAAAUGGCUUCAUAUCAGAAUCCGACCAACGCCAUGCAGGACAUUGCGAAUGGCCAUGGCCAGGUCAUUUCACCAACAGGCAAUCAACAGCAACAACAGCAACAGCAGCAGCCAGUGGUGCAACUGCAAGCCCCUCAACAGUCCGCACCGCCAACCCAAAUACUACCACAACAAGUGCAGGUGCAACCAGUUGCAGUACCGCACCCACAACAACAGCCUGCCGCUGUUAUGCAACAGCAACAUUUGACCGAGCAGCAAAAGGUGCAGCAAAUACCAUUACAGCAGCAACUGCAGCAGCUUAUGCAAAAUAAUAUGCCAGCAACUGAUUUGGUGCAACAGCAGCAACAACAACAAUAUUAUCAACAGCAGCAACAGGCGCAGGCAACACUUCCAAUGCAUCAAGUGCAAAUUUCACAGCAACAACAGCCAUAUGCGAUGCAACAUCCACAACAGCAACAACAACAGCAAAUGCAGCAACAGCCAAUUCAGCAGCAAAUGCCACCACAAGCAAUUCAGCCACAAUUACCAACAUCACAGCAACAACAAAUGCAGCAAGCGAUGCCACAACAGCAUCAGUUGCCACCGCAACCCAUUCCAACUCAGCCAAUACAGCAGCAGCAGCCCAUACAACAGCAGCCCAUACAACAGCAACCUAUACAACAACAACAACCUAUACAACAACAACCGAUUCAGCAGCAGCCCUUGCAACAACAACCACUACAACAGCAACCCAUUCAGCAGCAACCUAUGCAGCAACAACCCAUACAACAACAACCUAUACAACAGCAACCCAUGCAACAGCCAGCAACAACGCAACAACAGAUACUACAGCAACAUCAUUUGCAACAGCUGCAUCAGCAGCAGCAGCAGCAGCAACAGUUCGUACAGCAACAACAACAGUUCCUUCCAAAUGCAUUAGCGCAACCGCAUCAAAUUCCAAUUUCGACAAUGCAACCAGUUGUUGCUGGUGCUGCUCAAAUCAUGGGGCAGCAGCAGCAGCAACCAACGGCCAUACUAAUGCAAGGACAGAUGCAAGUGCCGCCAGUCUUGCACCAACAGCCUAUUGCGACGUCAUUUAAUCAGCCACAGACAGCUCCGCAACAGCACCAACAGCAGCAGCCACAACAACAACAGAUUGUUCAACCAAUUGUCAAUGUUGCUGAUGUUCAGCAACAGCAAGCUCAACAACUAGUAGCCCAAUUACAACAACAGCAGCAGCAGCAACAAUUCCUACAAAACCAACAACAACAGCAGCAGCAACAGCAGCCAUUGCAGCAGCAGCAGAUACCUUUAGAACAGCAAUUGCAGCAGCUGUUGCACAGUCAGCCACAAGCCCAAAUAGUACAUCAGCCAGCACCACCACAGCAACAACAGCAACAGCAGCAGCAACAACAGCCGCAACAACAACAACCUCCUGCUGAACAACAACCACAGCAGCAGUUGCCAAGUAAACCCAAUAACCAGCAAUCAACAACUGCUGCCCAGGAACUAACAACAGUUGCUGCACCAACAAACUUUGAUGCAGCGCCAAAUGUUGACCCACAGCCAGCCGCAGCCGCAGCAGCAGCAGCAAAUACUGCAGAUGCUGAUAAACAACAAAAGCAACUGCAACAACAGCAGCAAGCCGCUGGAGCGCGUGUCCAAAAGCCGCGUCGCUCAAAUCGUAGUGGAAACGAACGCAUACCAAAGCUAAGUGUAACCAGCGUAGACGAAGGCAGCGUCAUCAAUUGCCACAUGGAGAACAAAUUGAAGACUAUAACAUUCAAAUUUGACAUAAGCGAUGUCAAUCCCGUUGAGAUUGCUAACAAACUGAUAGCACAAGACUUACUCUCGAAUUGCCAGAGCACGGUAUUCGUGGAAAUGAUAAACGAUAUUGUGGAGCAGGUUAAGCAGAAUCCAAAUCAAAUUCCAAUCCCAACCACUUACCGCCGCAACAUUGAGAAGGUCCGUCACGCGUCUCUAACUCGACAGCGUUCCACAUUUAGAACACAUCAAAGACAUAGAUCUCGGGACGAAACCGCGAGCGACAUCACAAAGAUGUUCGAGCCAUCGACCCAAACUGCGGAUGCGCCGGCCAGUGGAGCUGCCGAUGCAGCAAAUAUCGAACAAUCUGCAGCUGGUGAGACGAGAGCACGCGAAUCUUCAGGCCAAAGUAAUAUAGAAAUGCCAGCAAAUACAGCAACGCCACCAACAACCACAUCGACCAUGUCCUCCUCUUCGACCACUUCGCGAGAUGCGGGCAACAACAGCAAUGAUGUGACAAUUGGCUCGGGCUCGGUCUCACGCAAGACCAGCACCGCCUCGGAAUACACAUCGUUGUCUAUUGACUACAUGCCAGACAAUGCCAUUACGCCAACAGGCAACGAGCCAUUUCAGCCACUGGAUGGCGGUCUGGACAAGCCGCACGCUGAGCAGAAGGCACGCAGCCUGGCCAUAAGCCGUGUACAAAUGCUGUUGGAGUCAACGAGAAGCGAGGCGAAGCCGAGAAGCUUGAAUUUGCCAUUGAAUCGUCAGUUGAAGAUUGUGGAAGAUUUGAAGCACACCCGCAGCUUAGAUGAUCUAAGUGAGGUGAACAUCACAUUUGAGAUGCCGCCAAGCAAAGCGGCCAAGCAGGCCAAUGAGCUGAAUGCAGCCAAUGCGGACAAGUCCAAAGAAAGCGGCGUCCAACUGGGUGCAGUGCAGCCACCAGGUGCUGCCAACACACUGGAACAGCUGAAAAUCGAACUCGAAAAUAUUACACACGCCCAUGCCUUCGCUUCCGCUGUGGUUGCCUCCAUUAACAACAGACCCAGCACCUAUCAAGCCUCGCCAAACAUCGCCUCGAUGAAGGCGCUGUCCGCCCAGCAGCAGGCCCAGGCAGAGACAGUGAUCAACAAAUCGAACAGCGUGGGAGGUGGCAGUUCGGCGGCUUCGUUUGGCCAGAAUACACCAACCGCAGCGCUGAACUCGGCUCGUGGCUCAUCUGUUUACAACUCUCGCCGCACGUCCAUUGACAACAGCAUGGGCUCCGAUAUGCAAUUGCCUGCAACGAACCUGAAUGUGAACCAUGAAGGAGCUGUAGCUGGCACUGAGAGCACGGCAAACGCUGAAGCUAGCAGUGAUAAGAAGUUGACCAAACAGGAGAGUCUGGAUAAGUUAUCAAAUACUUUGAGUGUGACUAGCGAUACGAGAAAUGCCAAUAAUGGAGCCCUCAAUCAAAGUUCCAUAGCGGAUCUAGAGAAGAAGUUGGCUGCAUUACGUAAUGCAGACAACGCAGAGGAGUCAUCCGUUGCACCAGCUGCGCCAGCCGCCAAGCCCGCGGAAGAGCCUGUGGCUAGUGUGAACGCACGUAAGAUAUCCCGCUUCAGCGUUAGUCGCGUGCAGGAGCAAAAGACUUCGGCAGAUGCAACAGAAGCUCUGCAGCAUCAGCUGAAGAUUGAUCUGCAGGUCGCAGGCUUAGCUGCUGGUCAGGGUCAUAGUUUUAAUGCCAGCAACUCUGUGCAAAAUGGCACCGCAGUCAAUACACCCACUGAGCUAAUUAGUUCGCCCAUACAGAACGUUCCGAUGGCCAUAAAUGGCAUCCAGUUAAUGUAUCAACAGCAGAACGCACCGGCAGCCGUUGGUGUGGGUGUAAUGGUGCCUCAAGGUCAAGUUGCCGGUGCGGCGCAGCCAACAAACCUGCAAAUGCAACAACAGCAACAGCAACAACACAUGUAUUCAAAUAUGCCACAGCGUCAUCAGGCUAUGCCUCAAAUGGUAAACGCUGUGCAGCAGCAACAACAAAUUCCACUGCAGCAACUGCAGCAGCAACAGCCGCAGCAGCCAAAUCAGCUUUUGGCUCAGCAACAACAGCAACAGCAACCAAUCAUAAUACAACAGCAGCAACAGCAGGCUGCACAACAGUUUACGUUGCCAACAUCACAGCCACAGCAACAGACACAUGCAGCACAGCAGUUUUUGCAGGCCCAAGCCAAUCAAAUGCAUCAACUGCCGCCGCUGGUAAUGACGAUGCCAAUGCAACAGCAUCAGCUGGCGGCGAUGCCGGGUGGCUUGCCAAAUCAAAUGUCCGCCUCGCAUCAGCUGCUACAGCAGCAACAACAACAGCAGACAUUACAAAUGCAAUCACAUUUGCAACAGCAGCCGCAGCAAACUGUUACAUCCAUUUACAACCAGCAACAGCAGCCAAACUUCCAAGUGUCUGCGUCUGGUCAGCUGCUGCAACAGGCGCCGCUGGUAGGCCAGCCACAACAGACAGCACAGCCCAUGCAGCAUGUGCUGCAGCCGCUAUUUAAUCCAGCUGUUGCUGAAGUUGCAGAGGAGCCCGUGUCAUUAGCAGCCACGCAUCCUCACCUGUUGCCGAGCGAUAUUCAAUCGGACAUCAAACAUAAUUUAGACUCAUUGGUGAAUCAGUUGUGCAAUACGCGUUUGGGCACAAAUCAGCAUCAGCGGCUGUUGCUGCUGCGUCAACGACAGCUGAUUGAGGAGGACGAACUGCGUCUAAAACACUAUGUAGAAUACGAAAAGUUUCAGAAGGCACUGCGCCAAUCUCUAAGCACAAACGCUCCAGCUACUACCGCGUAUUAUUCACCAGCUGCUGCACCAGUUCAAACCAAUUUGACAGCGCCAGCAGCAGCGGCACCGCCAACAGCAUCGUCAACUACUACACCCGCAAGCUCUUCACAAACAUAAAUAUGUAAAUCCAUUUUUUGAGUUGCCGUUGCCGUUCCUCGUAUUCAUGACAAGUCAAAAAACAUUGCUACCCAAUUUUUCGGCAACUGUUCUGAACUCUUGCUUUCUGGAUUUCGAUUUUUGGAAAAUAUGGAUCUGGCGUUAUUUAUUAAGUGAAAAGUUGUCGAAUUAUGAGGGGAUUGUCUGUAAAUAUGUAGUCACACAUUUUUGAGUUGAUUUGCCAUUGUUUCGCUUAUUGUUUUACUUUUGUUUUUGAUUUUACCCUAUU